AUAGAUUUAGUAUGGAAGAAGCUCCUGGAAUUGUUGUUCUAAGAGACCCCGAUGUCAAACCUGUAGUCUACCAUGGCUCAAUCAAUAAUUCAAGACUUAUUGAUGUCAUGGAACAAAAUAAACAUCAAGCACCAAGGCUUCCAGGUGCUAAUGCAGUUGCUUCUAAGGAGAUUUCCUACACUCAUUUCCUCUUUAGAUUUGAUUUCAAAGAUUGGAAGUUAAUGUUGGAUACGGUUGAGGCUGGAGAAGAACUGAUGCCACAUAGGAUUUCGGUUGACAUGUCACCUAAUUAG